AUGAAGCCCACUGCCAUGGCCCUGGUGUGCCUGCUGGUGGCGGGGAUGUUGCUGCAAGAUGUGACCAGCAAGAGCUUGCUUGUGGCAUCCUCCAAUUGCUGCUUCCAGUUUGUGAAGAAACAAAUUCCCCUGGCGAGAAUCGAUUGUUACAAAAACGUCAGUUCCUCCUGCGCCAACACUGAUGGGAUAAUAUUCCAGAUGAAGAAAGGCAGUAGAAGCUGUGCCCCUAGCAAAGAGAAGUGGGUUGUUCAUUAUUUAAAGAAGAUAAAAACGUGUAACCCGGUGGGAAAGUGA